AUGGCUACUCGCAACGUUAUUGUGACCGGUGCCACUGGAAGGCAAGGACGGGCAUUUGUACAAGAGCUACUAAAUCCUUCGAAUACCAAUGGUUCGACUGCUCUGACAUACCGAGUAUGGGCUGUAACUCGGGACACAGCGUCGCCUGCAGCAGCUCGGCUUUCAGGAGUUGAAAAGAGCCAUGGCAAUAAUAUUAGAGUGGUACAAGGCGAUCUCAGCGAUGCGGAGAGACUCAAACAGAUUUUCACGGAGGUAGCUGCUGAGGGUGGAAUAUUCGGUGUCUUCAUUGUGCUUCCUUAUCCAGGCCUUGGAAACAAUGGCGGGGACGAAGAGAGACAAGGCAAAACGCUUGUGGAUCUCGCAAUUGAGUUCAAAGUUGAAGCGCUCGUUUAUUCAAGCACAAUCCCUCCCGGCCCGGAUGAGUCCAAUGGAUUUGACGCAUCUCGUCUGGCGAAGCGAGAGAUCGAGUUGUAUUGCAAAAAGAUGAGCGAAAAGGGUCUCAAUUGGAGCAUUGUACAACCUGGAUUUUUCAUGGAGAAUUUUGACGGUUGGAUGGGAGCGCUGGCCGUACCUGUCCUUUCGCAGGGUUUGCAAAAAGGAACGGAGAUAUUACUCGUUGCAUCAGAAGAUAUUGGAAAAGUCGCUGCGGGGAUCAUCCAGAAUCAUGAGAGAUACACACACAAGACCGUAACCGUGGCAGGCGGAAGCUAUACCAUGGAUGAGAUCAAAAAAGCAUACAAAGAGGUCAUGGGGAAAACAAUGCCGUCUGUUCCAGCCAUUUUGGCAUGGCUAGCUCUCAAAUUGAGCGCCGGCGUGCAGCAUGUAAUUAAAGAUACGGAGAGGGUUCACCAGGCGAGAGUCAAUGGAGGAUACCCGACGCUGGAUGAAGAGAUUGAGUUGGCCAAAACUGCGAGUGAGAUGCAAGAUUGGCGCACGUGGCUCAUUAAGCAGAAGGAAAAGCAAUCUUGA